AUGGUGGGAGGGACAAGAGGGCAUCGCGAGACGACAGCGGCAUUAGCGUCCAAGCUCGAGGGGAAGGUGGUUUACCUGGACAAUUUCGCAUCUGGCCAGACCGAGGCACAGAGCGCUGGCGCGCGGGCGGAGCGGCAGGCGGGAAGAGCGACGAAGCUUGGCUUGAGCGGGAAGCGCUGCAAACAGAUGGGGCUGAACGCGCUGGAGGCACGGAACGGAGGCAGCAUACCCUUCCGCGAUCUGCUGGGUCUUCAUGGAGUGUGGAAAAACUACGCCGCCAGGCUGGUCUCCAAGUGCCCAAGCCAGAAGGUUUUGCAGCAGAGGAUCCUCUCGGCUGACCUACAGGGGUGCUACCUUACGGUGUCGAGAGCCUCGGCCUCCUCGUUGGUGAACGUUGCUGGCAUCGUGCUGCGAGAAGCGGCCAACACAUUCCAGCUGGUCACGCCUGCGGGCAAGACGUUGACAAUCCCCAAGCGAUCGUGUGCCGUCCGCCUCGCCUUUGCCGAUCGAGUGGUUACCCUCGAUGGGGGGGCUUUGAUGGGCCGGCGGGGAGGAGGAGCGAGGCAACAACAAAAGGCGGGAAAAGGGCGGGGCGCCGGGGCGGGAGGGGGUCCAGACGACCCCGCCGCUCUCCCGCUCCCGACGGCCGCGCUGUAG